CAGUGACUCCUCCCUGCACGUUUCCCGAAAACCAAAACGAGCACCCACGUUGAUUCUCCUGUGCCGGCGUCACACCUGGUAAUUCACUCUCUCUCUCUCUCUCUCACUGUCUCCACCAUGAUGCCUUGGAUCACCGAGCACCUCACGGAUCGGAUCUGAUCUCAGGUACUAUAAAACACCAAUCAACGCUUCCGAUCGCGACGCAACCAUCACCAUUUCUAGGGUUCUACUUUCUCCCUCUCCUUAAUUCUUCUUCUGCUAUGGAGUUUCGUCACAGCUUCGCGCAAUUCCGAGAGCAUGAUUGAUAAUUCAACCAUUUUCUACACACAACUGCUUUCCCCUCUUCCGAAAUGGCAGCUUCUCCUGUCAAUUUCCUCUUCGGAUUCUUGCUGCUUUCUAUUACAUUGUGGCUUCUCUUCAUAUUUGCUUCUGGGUUGCUGGCAUGGAUUUUGAGCUGGAUUUUGGGAGCAUCUGUUGGGUUCCGUGUUGGUGGAUGGAAAUGUUUAAGGGAUGUGGUAGUGAAGUUUAAAAAGGGUACUGUGGAAUCUAUAUCUGUUGGUGAAAUUAAACUUAGCUUACGCCAGUCCCUGGUCAAACUUGGUGUGGGUUUCAUUUCUCGUGAUCCGAAGCUGCAAGUGUUAAUAUGCGACUUAGAAGUUGUAAUGAGGCCUUCAAAUAAAAGCCCGGGGAAGAAGAAAAUCAAGAAAUCCCGUGCUUCAGGCAAGGGAAAGUGGAUGAUUGUAGGCAAUAUUGCAAGAUAUUUGUCAGUUGGUGUGACUGAUCUGGUUCUGAAGACACAAAAUUUUACUGUUGAGAUCAAGGAAUUGAAUGUGGAUAUAUCUAAAGAUGGUGGAUCCAAGUCAAAUGUGAUAGUUAGACUACAAAUAUUGCCUAUCCUUGUUCACAUUGGUGAGCCACGGCUUAGUUGUGAUCAGUUAUCUGAUUUAAGUGGUGGAGGAAGCAUUUCAUCUGGCCAGGCAUCUAUUGCUGCUAUAGAAAGGUCUUCUGCCCCUUUUAUCUGUGAAAAUUUCUCCGUGUCAUGUGAAAUUGGUCAUGAUAGGGAAGUGGGUAUAAUUAUUAAGAAUGUGGACGUUUCCAGUGGAGAGGUCACUCUGAAUUUGAAUGAGGAGUUGCUUUUGAAAAGAAAAAGUUCAUCAGAGUCUUCUUCUAGCUCUGACAGUAUUAUAGGGUUGCGAGCUGAUUCUAUAAGCACAAAAAAACCAUCAAAGCAGCAGCAAACACUUGCAUCCUUCUCCAAGUAUAGUUCUAUGUUUCCUGAAAAGGUCAACUUCAAUCUACCAAAGCUGGAUGUGAGUUUCGUGCACCGUGAACAUGGUCUUUCUUUUGAAAACAACAUCAUGGGUAUCCAGUUGAAAAGCACCAAAUCACGAUCCACUGAGGAUGUUGGGGAGAGUACACGCCUUGAUUUUCAAGUGGAGUUUAGUGAAAUUCAUCUUCUUAGAGAAGCUGGUUCUUCCAUCCUGGAGAUAUUGAAGGUGGACUUGAUUUCUUUUGUGUAUAUCCCAGUACAGCCAAUUUCACCUGUUAGAGCUGAAACUGAAAUCAAGCUAGGAGGCACUCAAUGCAACAUCAUAAUGAGCAGGAUAAAGCCUUGGUUACUCCUCCAUUUUUCUAAGAAGAAAAAAAUGGUACUUCGAGAAGAAGCUUCUGUUGUUGUAAAGCCACAAUCAUCUGAUAGUAAGACUAUCAUGUGGACAUGCAAUGUCUCAGCUCCAGAAAUGACAAUAGUGCUUUUCGAUAUGGUUGGUUCUCCGGUGUAUCAUGGUUGCUCACAAUCAUCACAUUUGUUUGCAAACAACGUUUCAAAUAUGGGGACUACAGUACACGUUGAACUUGGAGAGUUAAAUCUUCAUUUGGCUGAUGAAUAUCAGGAAUCCUUGAAAGAAAGUGUUUUUGGUGUAGAAUCAAAUUCUGCCUCCAUUAUGCACAUUGCUAAGGCAAGUUUGGAUUGGGGGAAAAAGGACAUGGAGUCAUUUGAAGAAGAUGGUCUUAGGUGUAGAUUAGGUUUAUUAGUUGAUGUGACAGGCAUGGGAGUUUAUCUAAAUUUUAAGCGUAUAGCAUCACUCAUAUCAACAGCUAUAUCAUUUCAAGCUCUAUUGAAAGGCCUAUCUGCUUCGAAGAAAAAAUUGACUCCGAGUCGUGGCCAUUUAUCAAAACCUUCGGGGAAGGGAACUCAGUUGUUGAAAUUUAAUCUUGAAAGGUGUUCAGUACAUGUAUGGGGUGAAACAGGCUUGGAAAAUACAAUUGUUCCAGAUCCCAAGCGGGUUAAUUAUGGUUCACAGGGUGGUAGAGUUAUAAUAAAUGUGUCUGCAGAUGGCACCCCGCGUAACGCAAACAUAAUGUCUACUAUUUCGGAUGAACUCCCGAAGAUCAAGUACUCUGUCUCUUUUGAAAUCGUUCAAUUUAGUGUGUGUGUGAACAAAGAGAAACAAUCCACCCAGAUGGAACUUGAAAGAGCCAGAUCUGUCUAUCAGGAAUAUAUGGAGGAAAAUAGGCCAGUAACAAAGGUGACAUUGUUUGAUAUGCUAAAUGCUAAACUUGUAAAGCGUUCAGGUGGCCUUAAAGAAAUUGCUGUCUGCUCUCUUUUCAGUGCCACUGACAUUACUCUAAGGUGGGAACCUGAUGUGCAUUUAUCACUUAUUGAACUUGUUCUCCAGCUGAAAUUACUGAUACACAAAAGCAAGCUUCAGGAGCACGGUAAUGAACACAUGGGAGACGUGUCUCAUGCACAAGAUGCUAAUUGGAAACAGGAAACUACCAUUGAAUCUGGGCAUCUGGAAAAGCAGAAAAAGAAAGAAUCUAUUUUUGCCGUUGAUGUAGAAAUGUUGAGUAUUUCCGCUGGGCUAGGAGAUGGGGUUGAUGCUAUGGUUCAAGUACAGUCAAUUUUCUCCGAGAAUGCUCGUAUAGGAGUGCUCCUAGAAGGACUUAUGCUUAGUUUUAAUGGGGCCCGAGUUUUCAAGAGUAGUCGGAUGCAAAUUUCACGAAUUCCUAGUGUCUCUGCUAGUACAUCUGAUGCGAAAGGACACGUAAUUACAACAUGGGAUUUGGUAAUCCAAGGUCUUGAUAUUCACAUUUGCAUGCCAUACCGUUUGCAAUUGCGUGCUAUUGAUGAUGUCAUUGAGGAUAUGAUACGAGGUUUGAAGCUCAUAAUUGCUGCUAAGACAAAUUUGAUUUUUCCUGUGAAAAAAGAGAGCUCUAAAGUUAAGAAACCUAGUUCUGUACAAUUUGGAUGCAUAAAAUUUUGCAUACGCAAGUUAACUGCUGAUAUUGAAGAGGAACCAAUGCAGGGAUGGCUUGAUGAGCACUAUCAAUUGCUGAAGAAAGAGGCUGGUGAGUUAGCUAUCCGGUUGAACUUUCUAGAUGAAUUAAUAUCGAAGGCCAAACACAGUCCAAAAUCUGCUGACACCAUUGAGAUUGAUGUAAAAGAUUCUUCUACUAUUGAGUCCACGAGAGAGGAAAUUUAUAAAAGAUCAUUCCGAUCAUAUUACCAGGCAUGCCAGAAUCUAGUGUUAUCUGAAGGGUCAGGUGCUUGUGGAGAAGAUUUCCAAACUGGCUUCAAACCUAGUACUUCAAGGAGAUCACUUCUUUCAAUAUCCGCACAAGAUUUAGAUGUUAGCUUGAAAAAAAUUGAUGGUGGGGAUGCCGGGAUGAUUGAUGUUCUGAAGAAGCUUGAUCCUGUCUGUUUUGAGAAAGAUAUACCAUUUUCUCGACUGUAUGGGGCAAAUAUUCUCUUAAGUACAGGCUCUCUUGUGGUCCAGCUUCGGAAUUACACAUUUCCUCUUUUCUCUGGAAGUUCUGGUAAAUGUGAAGGUCGUCUUGUUUUGGCUCAGCAGGCAACUAGCUUUCAACCUCAAAUAUAUCAAGAUGUCUAUGUUGGGAGAUGGAGGAAGGUUCGCAUGCUUCGAUCAGCUACUGGUACUACUCCACCAAUGAAAACAUACUCAGAUUUGCCUUUACAUUUCCAGAAAGGUGAAGUGUCAUUUGGGGUGGGUUAUGAACCAGCUUUUGCAGACGUUAGUUAUGCUUUCACCGUAGCACUUCGGAGGGCUAAUCUAAGUGUUAGGCAUCCUGGUCCACUUAUUCUUCCACCAAAAAAGGAGCGGAGUUUGCCGUGGUGGGAUGACAUGAGAAAUUACAUACAUGGAAAAAUUUCCUUGCUCUUUUCUGAAUCAAGAUGGAAUAUUUUGGCAAGUACAGAUCCUUACGAAAAAGUUGACAAACUUCAAAUUGUGACCAGCUUUAUGGAAAUUCACCAGUCCGACGGUCGUGUUUUUGUUUCUGCUGAAGAUUUUAAGAUUUUAUUGAGUAGUUUGGAGACUUUGGCAAACAGACGAGGUUUCAGAAUUCCAACAGGUGUCUCUGGUGCUUUUCUGGAAGCCCCGGUCUUUACUCUUGAGGUUACGAUGGACUGGGAUUGUGAAUCUGGAAAUCCCAUGGAUCAUUAUUUAUUUGCACUUCCAGUUGAGGGAAAACCUCGUGACAGAGUAUUUGAUCCCUUCAGAUCCACUUCUCUCUCCCUUCGAUGGAACUUCUCUCUUAGACCCUUUCCUCCUUCAUCAGAAAAGCAUCCCACAUCUUCCAUUACUAGUGAUAAUAUUGAAGAAAGUGCCAGUGUAUUUGAGCCCCCUCAUGUAUCUCAGAAUGUUUCAUCAGUGUCCCCGACCUUUAACUUUGGAGCUCAUGAUCUAGCAUGGAUCUUAAGAUUCUGGAGCUUGAACUACAAUCCUCCACAUAAACUGCGCAGCUUCUCUCGUUGGCCUCGUUUUGGAGUUCCAAGAGUUGCCAGGUCAGGCAAUCUUUCACUUGAUAAGGUGAUGACUGAAUUUAUGCUCCGUUUAGAUUCCACACCGGCCUGCAUAAAAAACAUGCCUUUACAUGAUGAUGAUCCAGCCAAAGGACUGACUUUCGUAAUGACUAAACUGAAGUAUGAACUGUGUUAUAGUAGGGGGAAGCAAAAGUAUACUUUUGAAAGCAAGCGUGACAUUCUUGAUCUUGUUUACCAAGGUCUUGACCUUCAUAUGCUCAAGGCUUUCCUAAAUAAAGAAGCAUCUCCUAGUGUUGCCAAAGUAGUUAACAUGGUACUGAAAAGCUCACAAUCUGUUUCUCUGGACAAAAUCCCCAGUGAAAAAGUUUACAUAACAGACAAAAAUCGUGAUGAUGGGUUUCUGUUGUCCUCUGACUACUUCACUAUCAGAAGACAAUCCCCAAAGGCUGAUCCGGCAAGGUUACUAGCAUGGCAAGAAGCAGGAAGAAGAAAUGCUGAGUUGACAUAUGUACGCUCUGAGUUUGAAAAUGGGAGUGAAACUGAUGAACAUAUGCGGUCUGACCCAAGCGAUGAUGAUGGUUACAAUGUGGUAAUAGCUGACAAUUGUCAGCGCGUAUUUGUCUAUGGUCUUAAGCUUUUGUGGACUAUUGAAAACAGAGAUGCUGUUUGGGCCUGGGUUGGUGGUUUAUCCAAAGCCUUUGAACCUCCCAAGCCCUCUCCAUCACGACAGUAUGCGCAGAGGAAAUUACAUGAGGAAAACAAAAGGCAUGACGGAGAUGAUUUUCGACAAGAUGAUGUUUCCAAGUGCCCUCCCACUGGUAAAAUUACCAAUUCUCCCUCUUUUCAGGACGCAAGUACUUCUGGAUUACUUUCUUCUCCACCUAAUUCAGUUAAGGUGGACAACUUGUCGUCUGCUAAAAGCGAGAACACAAAUGAUUCAGAUGGGACCCGACACUUCAUGGUGAAUGUUAUUGAGCCACAGUUUAAUCUUCACUCCGAGGAUGCAAAUGGUAGGUUUCUGCUUGCUGCUGUAAGCGGCCGUGUUUUAGCUCGAUCGUUUCAUUCAGUCCUUCAAGUUGGUUAUGAGAUGAUUGAGCAAGCACUUGGUACUACAGACGUACAUAUAAGUGAAUACCAACCUGAAAUGACAUGGAAAAGAAUGGAGUUCUCUGUUAUGUUGGAGCAUGUACAAGCUCAUGUUGCACCAACAGAUGUUGAUCCAGGAGCUGGACUACAGUGGCUUCCGAAAAUUCUCAGAAGCUCGCCAAAAGUAAUGCGUACAGGCGCUCUUCUCGAGAGAGUUUUUAUGCCUUGUAAUAUGUACUUUAGGUACACAAGGCACAAAGGGGGCACGCCAGAAUUGAAGGUGAAGCCCUUGAAGGAGCUCAUAUUCAAUUCUCAUAAUAUAACGGCAACAAUGACAUCUCGCCAGUUUCAGGUCAUGCUUGAUGUGUUGACAAAUCUUCUCUUUGCACGCCUUCCAAAGCCUCGAAAAAGUAGCCUGUCAUUUCCUGCCGAAGAUGAUGAAGAUGUUGAGGAGGAAGCAGAUGAGGUGGUUCCUGAUGGUGUUGAAGAAGUGGAACUUGCAAAAAUCAACCUUGAGAAACAAGAGAGAGAACAGAAGUUGCUUCUUGAUGAUAUUCGAGAAUUGUCUCUUUGGUGUGAUCCUUCUACAGAUCUACAUCCAGAAAAGGAAAGUGACUUGUGGAUGAUAAAUGGCGGAAGAUCUAUGCUGAUCCAAGGACUUAAGAGAGAACUUCUAAGUGCACAAAAAUCUAGGAAAGCUGCAUCUGUAUCACUACGGACGGCUCUUCAAAAAGCUGCACAGCUACGUCUAACAGAGAAGGAGAAAAACAAGAGUCCUUCCUAUGCUAUGCGUAUAUCAUUGCAAAUUAACAAAGUUGUUUGGAGCAUGCUUGUUGAUGGUAAAUCUUUUGCUGAAGCCGAGAUUAAUGAUAUGAUAUAUGACUUUGACCGGGAUUACAAGGAUGUUGGUGUUGCUCAAUUUACUACAAAAUAUUUUGUUGUCAGAAACUGCCUGCCUAAUGCCAAGUCUGAUAUGCUUUUGUCGGCAUGGGAUCCUCCAUCCGAAUGGGGAAAAAAAGUGAUGCUUCGAGUAGAUGCACAGCAGGGAGCUCCAAAGGAUGGAAAUUCUCCCCUUGAACUUUUCCAGGUAGAGAUUUAUCCCCUUAAGAUCCACUUAACGGAGACAAUGUACAGAAUGAUGUGGGAGUAUUUCUUUCCAGAAGAAGAACAAGAUUCCCAACGACGACAGGAGGUUUGGAAGGUUUCAACCACGGCUGGUGCAAGGCGUGUAAAGAAAGGUUCAUCAGUCCUUGAAGCUUCUGCUUCAAACAGUCAUUCAAUAAAAGAGUCUGAGACCUCAUCCAAAUCUGGCAUAUCUGCAGUGCUAUUUCCUGCAACAAAUCAGCCUUCUGUCCAUGUUGAUUCAGCUCAGGCAUCCAAAGCUGAAAAUGUCAAAGAAAACUCUGGUACUGGUACAACCCCUGAGUUGAGAAGAACAUCUUCUUUUGACCGAAGUUGGGAAGAGACUGUUGCAGAAUCUGUAGCAAAUGAACUUGUCUUACAAAGUUUCUCUUCCUCAAAAGAUGGUCCAUUUGGUUCUACGGAGCAACAAGAUGAAGCAUCUAAGAAUAAAUCAAAAGAUUACAAAGUUGUUAAAGGUGGUCGUGCAUCUCAUGAAGAAAAAAAGGUAGCUAAGUCACAUGAAGAAAAGAGAUCUAGGCCACGAAAGAUGAUGGAGUUUCACAACAUUAAAAUUAGCCGGGUUGAGUUGUUGGUUACAUAUGAAGGGCAAAGGUUUGUUGUGAAUGAUCUCAAACUAAUGAUGGAUCAAUUUCACCGGCCUGAGUUUACUGGGACUUGGCGAAGACUAUUUUCACGAGUUAAGAAACACAUCAUUUGGGGAGUCCUGAAGUCUGUAACUGGAAUGCAGGGGAGGAAAUUUAAUAACAAAGGUCAGAGUCAGCCUACCGGAGCUGGUGUUCCUGAAAUUGACCUUAAUUUUAGUGACAAUGAAGGCCAGGCAGGAAAAUCUGAUCAAUAUCCACCAUCUUGGCCUAAGCGUCAAGGUGAUGGUGCAGGUGAUGGAUUUGUAACAUCCAUUAGAGGACUGUUCAAUACUCAACGUCGCAAGGCAAAGGCAUUCGUGCUACGAACUAUGAGGGGUGAAGCUGAGAAUGAUUUUCAAGGUGAUUGGAGUGAAAGUGAUGUUGAGUUCUCCCCUUUUGCGAGGCAACUCACAAUUACAAAAGCCAAGAAACUUAUUAGGAGGCAUACUAAGAAGUUUCGCUCCAGAGGACAAAAAGGUUCAACUUCUCAACAAAGAGAAUCUCUACCAUCAUCACCAAGAGAGACAACCCCAUUUGACAGUGAUUCUUCAAGUGGAUCCUCACCCUAUGAAGAUUUUCAUGAAUAGAAAUGUUUAUACUUGUCUAAAGAAUCUCUUACUCUUCAGCUGAGCAUGACGCAUGUUUCAUCUGGUUCUUAAAUACUGUAAAGGAUACAAAAAUGCAACAGAUGAUCUUUUUCUGUUAAGUGCCUCAGUUGAAGACUAAAGAAAGAUACGUUGAGCAAAGGCGCGCCUGGAAUGGAAAGAAUUCAGGACUCGAUGCUUGGACAUUGAAUUGUUUGAUGUUGGUUGCUAUUCAAUGUGUAGAUUCCAUGGCAACCCAAGUUAUCGGUGGUGAAGAGCCUUGCUUUCCAACAUUUUCCGUUCUAUAUCAACUACACAUCUAACAACUUCAGUCACCGGUGAUGAGGAGCCUUACGCUCAUCUCUCUCUUCAAGUCACAUUCGGGUUGUAUAUUCUUCUAGCUUCUUGUCAAUAUGAAAUUUUGGGCUUCUUAAUUUAUUAGAAAAUAUUACCCUAAAGGUUGACAUGAUUAUGUACAGACAUUUGGUUAUAUCUUGAGAAAUAGAAUAAAGCUGUUUUUCAGUGAUCA